CAUAAACUGCAUCCUAUAAAAGUUUGAGUGCCAUCACCUAUUUUUCAUCAACAAAACCAAAUCAAACUUCAACUCCACCUGACUGAAACACACAAAUCUUAGAGCAACAGAAGCACAUUUUUCUCUCUCAAUUUUCCACUGCUAGGUCUGCAAUCUGCUAAAUAAACAAAGGUUUUGUAGCAAAUCGAUUAAGAUGGAAGGGUCAGUGAAAUAUGAGAACAAUGAAGACCAGCUCAACUUCAUGGCAACCGAGCUGAGAUUGGGAUUGCCUGGAAGCACAGAAGAGCCUGAGAACAAACAAGCAGCAACACCUCCUCCUCCUAGAAACAACAAGAGGUCAUCACCAGAUCCAACGGCGGAGGAGUGUUGUACAAAUUCUGAUCACACAGAUGCCCCUCCCACCAAGACACAAAUAGUUGGGUGGCCUCCAGUGAGAUCUUAUAGGAAAAACAGCAUGCAAGCAAGAAAGCCAGAGGCAUACGUGAAAGUAAGCGUCGAUGGAGCUCCUUAUCUGAGGAAGAUUGAUCUCAAGGUUUACAAGAGCUACCCAGAACUCCUCAAGGCCUUGGAGAACAUGUUCAACCUCUCCAAUAUUGGAAACUACUCAGAGACACAAGGCUACAUUAAUGGAUCUGACUUUGCUCCUACUUAUGAAGAUAAAGAUGGUGACUGGAUGCUUGUUGGAGAUGUCCCAUGGAAUAUGUUUGCGUCUUCCUGCAAAAGGCUGAGAAUCAUGAAAGGAACUGAAGCUAGAGGAUUGACUUCGUGUUUCUGAAAACAACCACACACAAGGUGUUAAAGAAAGACAAUACAUUAAGGAGACACAUGGAACUCCUUAAUUUUGCUUGGGUUCUCCAACAAUUGCUGAGAAUUUGAGGUUACUACAGGAAAGACACAGACAGAUAUAUGUAGCUCAGGAUACAUUUUGAUUUUCCCCUUUCAAAAUCAAUAUGUAAAGAAAAAGUAAUGGAACUUGUUAGUUGAAAUCAAAUUGUACAGAAGAUGAAAUGUUCCAUUUAUCUUAAUAAUAAGGUUAUGUAUUAUAUGUAACAAUAAGAUUACAC